GUUGCACCACUGUAUUUGCGCACUGCACCUCCGCCUGCCACACACUGCGUUCCAAGGGCCUCGGAGGACAGAGAAAGGAAGAAAAAAUACGGGUUGGAAGAAGUCAACAUCUGCUGAGCCAUUAACACGAAUAAGGUUAUGAAACAAUGGACCGCUGACAAAUAAGAAAUAUUGACUUUACUUUUCCCAGGAGAACAGCGUCACUUGUGUUUGUUGCUUCUAUUUUUUGGGGCUCUACAUAAUUCUCCCUCUUUCUUGGCAAAGGGGAGACAACUUUCAGCUUUUACGUUUUUUGGUUUUCAACGAAAAUUAACAACUUUGCGAGGAAUUUUGUAUUGUUUUUUUUUGGUUCUCAAACAACCCGGUCAUAGAUAGACUUUCUCCUCCAAAGACUUUUCUUGGGGAUGUUGAGCUCCGUGAAGAUGGAAGCACAUGAUCUACCAGAGUGGAAUACUUUCUACAGUGAGGCCAGCGAGAUGUAUUCCUCUGCCAGCACCAUGAACUCUGGUCUGGGCUCCAUGGGCUCAAUGGGCACCAGCUACAUCAACUUGAACCCGGCCACAGCCUCCCCUGCAGGCAUGAACAUGGCGUACCCAAGCUCCAGCCUCAGCAGCUCCCCCCUGGCCUCCAUGGGCUCCGGGCCCGGCCACAUGUCCCUCUCCCCAGUGGCCUCGUCCCUUGGCUCGGGCCCUCUGACCCAGCUCGGCUCCUCGGCCCCGGGCUCUUUGGGCUCCCUAACCCACUACCAGAACAUGGGCCAGUCCAUGAGCCAGCUGGGGUACUCCUCUGCCGCGCCCCUGAACCGUGCCGGGCCAAAGGAGAUGCCCCCGAAGCCCUACCGGCGCUCCCUGACCCACGCCAAGCCGCCAUACUCUUACAUCUCCCUCAUCACCAUGGCAAUCCAGCAGAGUGGCAGCAAGAUGCUCACCCUGAACGAGAUCUACCAGUGGAUCAUGGAGCUGUUCCCCUACUACCGCGAGAAUCAGCAGCGCUGGCAGAACUCCAUCCGCCACUCGCUCUCCUUCAACGACUGCUUUGUGAAGGUGGCGCGCUCGCCGGACAAGCCGGGCAAAGGUUCCUACUGGACACUGCACCCUCAGUCGGGCAACAUGUUCGAGAAUGGCUGCUACCUGAGGCGCCAGAAGCGCUUCAAGAUUGAGGAGAAGCUGGCGAAGAAGGCGGCCAAGAACCAGGAGGGGGGCUCGGGGAAAGGGGGCCCCAGCGGAGAUCACAUGGCCGAGGACCAUAGCCCCGUGGGAGGAUCGGAUGGCGCAGACUCCGCCCAUUCGGACAACUCCCACCCGGGCUCGUCGGACGACCAGCCGCAUCCCCGGAACUCCCUGGUUCCGAUGGACUGCCCCGCCCUGUCCUCACACCUCCAGAGCCCGCCCAUCUCCCUGCCUCCGUCCUCCUCCGGCUCAUCUUCCCUGUCCCUCCCGUCAGCCACCUCCUCCAGCCCGCUCCUCCACUCCCAGUCUCUAGUGGGCGGCGGCCACCUCCUGUCCGGCGCCAUGCAUCAGCACAUGGACCUACAGAGUGACGCCCUCAAGUCCCUGGACCCCCACUACAACUUCAACCACCCCUUCUCCAUCACCAACCUCAUGUCCAACGAGCAGAAGAUGGACCUCAAGUCCUACCAGGACCAGGUGAUGGCCUACAACAGCUACGCCAACGGCUCCCCCGUGGCAGCCAAGCAGAUUUACGACAGCCAGGGACCGGCCACCAUGGACUCGGGCGCUUACUACCAAACUCUGUACAGCCGCUCGGUGCUCAACGCCUCCUAAUGGGGACACAUCUUCCCCCCCUCUCCCCCCCCCACACACACACACCUGUCUCUAGAGGCAAGCCAAGAUGGACCUCUUUUCUUCUCCUGCCUUUUCUAAAAUGGACACCCCAGCUCCUCUUUAUCUUCCUCUUCCACUCUGGCUCAGGUCCAGAGGCCUCGUUAGAGACACGCACCUAAAAUGGCUACUGUGUUUGAGGGACCAAAGGACAGUUUUUUUUCAGUUUUCAGACUGGUUCAUUAAGUCUUCGAUGAAGUUGUCCCGCUGGCGUGUGUGUGAGAGUCAACACAGGAGUCAGACUCUGUCUUGGUGAAAUUGGUUAUGUACAAAAUGUAUAUAGAAGUAAAGCGGGGGGGGAGAAAAAAAAUAAUAUUUGCAUUUAUUUAUGAUGGGAAUACAUUUUAAUAUAUCUUGUAUAGCGCUCUGUUGACCAGUUACAAACCAGAUGCGAGCGGGUUUUCUUUCUAAUCGGACUGGAGAGGCGCCAGGCGAGUUUUGAGAGGUUACUGCUUCAGGCAGGUGUUACUGCAGUGGAGGACCUUCAUUUCCAUUUUUUCGCGUUACAACAUUUCACACCAGGUCCAUCAUUUACGUCAGAUCGGGCAUUCGUCAAUGUAGCUGAUGAAGUCUAAACUCAUUAUUCUUGGUUAAUAUGAAGAAAGAGAAAAUAAGUGAUGUUGUCCUCGCUGGAGCUCAGAGGAAAGCAAAGCAAUCUUCAGCCAGAAGAAACGAGGCAAAGCAACUGUGGUAAUAACUUUAAAAAAAAAAAAAAACAUGUUGUGUUUAUGUUUUUUGUUACAGGAGUAUCAAAAAUGAUGCUUUCUCAACAUAGUGUCACAUUAUGAAUCAGAGAUCGCGUGGGGGAGCUCAGUAGGUUACUUAAAGCAGGAGGAGGGGGAGGAGAGAUGCACUAUGGGAGGAUUUACAUACAGUACUUUGCACUAUGGAGCUCCUGUCGGCCAGGUGGGCUGAUAGUGUGUGCGUUUGCGUGUGUUACUACAAUACUUAGGAGCACCCCCAUCAACCCCCCCCCUCACAGUGUCAAUGCGUCGGCUCAACGGGAUCAGUGUAACGAUGUCAGCGAGUGUCAAAUGACCGCCGCCGCGGUUCCAGAAAAGGGCCUUUUUCUUUAAACGACUACUGAUCUGAUAGGAGAUCAAUGUUUCGACGAUCUAUUGAAGGAUUAUUCAGAGGAGGACAGAGACGGUUCAGGUCACAGGGUGUCCUUUAUGUGGAGCAUAUUUUAAGUUUCAAAAAGAAUUGUCAUUUAUUUAAAGUGCGUUGCUUUUCAAACUUUGAAUGUGUGCUGAUAUAAUAUAUUGUUGUUGUUGUUGUUGUUUUUGUCGUUGUUUUAUGUUGGUUGUAUAUGUGAUUUAAAUGAUUCAUGUUUCUUUUU